CCAAUGAGAAUCCAGGAUGCUGGGCGCGUGCGUGUUCCUCGUGCGCGGGGGUCGAAGAGAAGACGCGUGAGCGAGGCGACUAGCUUAGACUCCGCUCAGCUAGAGAGGAAGAAGCUGCCACUUGGUAAUGGACGCCAUCAAAGGUAAAGGGGAACAAGGGAUGCAAAAUCCAGGUGGGCAAGUUGACAGACCAGUCGGCCCCCACUUUUUGGAAAGCAUGCUUCCCAAAGUAGUAAAGAGGAGAGUGCACGCCUUGAAAAGGCUACAGGUGCAGUGUGCCAACAUAGAGGCUAAGUUCUACGAGGAGGUCCAUGAGCUGGAGAGAAAGUAUGCUGCCCUCUAUCAGCCACUGUUUGAUAAGAGAAGAGAUUUUGUCACAGGAACAGUGGAACCCACAGAGGAGGAGUGUGAGUGGCACAGUGAGCGGGAGGAAGAGGAGGAGCUUGCUGAGGAAGUAAAGGAAAAAGCGGCUAUUGAGGAUGCAAAGAAAGAGGAAGCCGUGCCCAGGGAGGAUCCAAAAGGGAUCCCGGAGUUUUGGCUCACCAUAUUCAGGAGUGUUGACAUGCUCAGUGACAUGCUGCAGGAACACGAUGAGCCCAUCCUAAAGCACCUGAAAGAUAUUCAAGUCAAAUUUUCUGAGCCAGGACAACCAAUGAGUUUCACAUUAGAGUUCCACUUUGAGUCCAAUGGUUACUUCAACAAUGCAGUCCUCACUAAAGUCUACAAAAUGAAGUCGGAACCCGAUGCCUCGGAGCCGUUCUCCUUUGAGGGGCCAGAGAUCAUUGACUGUGAAGGCUGUCUCAUAGACUGGCACAAAGGGAAGGAUGUGACGGUGAAAACUAUAAAGAAGAAGCAGAAGCAUAAAGGCCGUGGCACUGUCCGCACCGUCACCAAGCAGGUCCCCAACGACUCUUUCUUCAACUUCUUUAACCCGGUCAAAGCUUCACCAGAUGAAGAGAUGGAUGAAGAUUCUGAGUUCACCCUAGCUCAAGACUUUGAGAUUGGGCAUUUCUUCCGCGAGCGAAUAGUUCCCAGAGCGGUGCUGUAUUUCACAGGAGAGGCCCUGGAAGAUGACGAGAGCUUCGAUGAGGAGGAGCUGGAGGAGGGAGAUGAAGAGGAGCAAGAUGAUGAGGAUGAUGAUGACGACGGAGAGUUGGAGCCCAAGGCAUAAUCACUCAUUCUCACCCAAUGCAAUUUCUAGAAAGAGCAGCCCCAGCCGGCCGAAUGCAAACAGCAGUAACCGUGGUGAUCAUGGGAGGUGGUGACCUGCAGUGUGAUGAAUCAGUUCUUAGCCAAUCCGCAAGUCCUCCCACCCCUUGCAGGCCUCCCCCUUUUAUGAACUCAUGUGAACGCAAUAGAAGACAAACCCAACUGUUUUUAACAUGUGCAUGACUUUUUUUCUUUCGUCUUGCGCCCGUCUCGCCCCCCGUUUCAUUAAAUUACCAUAUCAUCAUAGUCUUUGGUAUGGUGGUCAAGACCCUCAGAGAAAGAGAUGGAUCCCAGCCUACGUUUUCAUGGAAAUAAAUUGGUUACUCAGGGUUUUUUAAUGCCAACAAGAGAAGUUUGAGUUUACCAGGAAACCGUUGAAAAAGUCUUGAUUUAAUAUUUCACUGGCGUAAUGUUUUUGUUAUGGUGUUUUAUAAGAGACAUUAAAUAUAUCGUUUUGAAUUUCAUUUCCUCCUUUUUUCAAAAUGUUCAUUGGCGUAUGUCAUUGGACUAUUAUGGUGUCAGUGGUGCAUUUUGUGGGGGGGGGGGGGGGGGUCUCAAAGGCCCAUCUGCAGUAAUAGGCUCAUUCUCAUUGGCUCACAUUUUAUUUGGGCGUAGCAGGUAAAUAAAACUUGAAUAUUGCCGAGUCAUUUCAUUUUUUUCCUUUUUCAAACAUUGAAGAAUUGUUAUGCAGUAAUGCUGCUUAUUUCAAUUCAUUUCUGCCCAUGUCUAUUGGGUUUACAAGCAUUUACUGAACAACGUUAAAUAACACCAUGCCACAGGUGUGUGGUUACACCUCUAUUGCUCUUCCCUGUUUGAGCCGUCACCCCCUGAAAUGCUCCUUUGACUCUGUGUAUUUGAGAAUAAUAGGAUUGUUUUAUGAAAACCAGACGUUUGGAAGACGUUACAUUUCCCUAAAAUAUGACCCAUUUAAGCAGAAACAGCAGUCCAUCUGCAACCUGUUUUGGUUAUGUAUUUAGUUGUUAACUAAUGUAAUUUUCCAGUCAGCGAAUGGACGGUGCACGAUGUUGAGAGCAUAAGAAAAUUCAGUUGCCAAAAUGAAAAAAACACAGCGUCGUCUUUUAUUCAAGGGUUCGCCAGUUAUUAACAAAGCGUAAUCUUAAUUCAGCAUUUACAGUUAAAGAAUAUAUAAAUAUUUCUGUUAUUGUCCAAUGAGUCUGUUGAAUGUUUGUGGAAAACAGAUGGAAGUGCUUUGCCAAUGUAUUUUAUAUACUCCUCAUGGCUUUUUGCCUGGUCAGCGAUUUGCAAUCCCAGCGGAAAUAACAAACCCAUGUCUCUUUUUUUAAAAAGAAUGAUUGUAGAUCUUGUCGGACAGAUCUUUCAGAGCCACGCUUGACAUCUUCAAAUCUACCACACGGAAACGUGUGCUAGCAACGGCCGUAACGGGUUCUUAUUCACAAUUUGUUACUCGCGCAAUAUUUCCUUUCAAUUUGUACAGAGUUAGUUAAAAUAUUCUAUUAAAGUUGUGCAACAUGGAAAUGGA